AUGUUUGGAUACGCAAGACUCUUACUUAUUUUAUUACCAUUGACAUGUCUUUUGAGCACGUGUCAAUCUAAAGAUCACGAGGAAUGCGAUAUCUAUGAUUCUGACGAAACAGACGCAUGCUUUUCACGUGAUCAUAAUUCUGAUGCAUAUCGGGAACAAGAACUUACUUACAUUGAAAUGGAGGACAUUCAUCACCAAUCUUGGUUUUCAAGUAUUUAUUAUACAAUAUUAGACGCGUUCGACUAUUUGAAGGAACAAAUUGUGCAAUCAAAUUUACCAGAACCGACUCAACGCAAGAAGUCGGAGGAGAAUAGAUUGAAGACUGAAAACCUAGAUGAUAUGAUGGUUGCCGCUAGAGAAAUGGCAAAGGAAUUUUUUGCGGGUGAUGAACUAUCUCUGGCAAAAAUAAAUGAUGCAUUUAAGGAAACUAAACUUUCUGAAGAAGAAGAAGCAGACUUAAAGAAAGACAAAGGCGAAUAUGAAUAUCCACCAGUUUACAGAAUAGAUCCUGGACACGUUGGUGAUGUUCAGUAUAUAGACAUAAACGACGGCGUAAAAGCAGAACUCAUCACAAAAGCAAACCGUCCACCUAUAUUUGAAAUACCAAACUUUUUAUCAGAUGAAGAUUGUGAUUAUAUAAUUGAAAGGUCCAGAGAGAAAGGGCUAAAUAAGAGUUCUAUAUUUGGAACCAAGAAUGACACAGAAACCGGGAGCCAUUAUGGAACAUUUCGAGAAAGUUUCUCAUCUUACCUAAGGAAAGACGAUGUCGAAGAAGAGUUUUUUAGUAGAUUACAUGACAGAUUGGCAAAGUUGCUCAGGAUACCCAAGAAAAUUGUGCAAUGGAGUGAAAACCUGUCAAUUGGAAUGUACAAACCCGGGGGACAUUAUCAUGCGCAUCAAGACUCGAAUGAAGCUAGUAGUGAUACUCCCUGCUGUUUUCAGAAAUUGUGUUUUGAUUCCAAUGGAACUAAGACAACUUUUAUAGAGUGUUGUAGAUUAUGCAGAUUUGCGACUGUUUUGUAUUACCUUAAUGACGUUGAAGAGGGUGGCGAAACGGCAUUUCCAUUCGCCGAUCUCUCAUACGGGGAAAUGGUAAAGAAAGGGGAAACUGACUGGGAGAAUCUUACCUCACACUGUCAUUCUGCGUCACUUGUAAUUAAACCAGAAAAAGGGAAGGCACUAUUGUGGUACAACCAUCCUUUGGACAGUAGAGGAUACAUCUCGUCUGUAGAUAAGCGAAGCUAUCAUGGAGGUUGUGAGGUUAUUAAAGGAACUAAAUGGAUAGCCACAAAUUGGAUUUCAACGCCGGCAUAUUCUGAAAGAUUUAUCCCAAGCAUAUUUAGAGAUUUUACUUAAUUAGUGAUACAAAUGAUUCGCUCGUAUAUAAUUGCUUAUACCUAUAGUAAAUUUA